GCCGCAGCCCAGCCCGGCUCGGCUCGGCUCGGCUCGGCGCGGCGCAGACGGAGCCAUGGACUGCGGCGUGAUCACCUCCAAGACCGUGCUGCUGCUGCUCAGCCUCGUCUUCUGGGCUGCAGCAGCUGGUCUUAGCUAUGUUGGGGCAUAUGUCAUUAACACCUACAAGAAUUACGACCACUUCCUGCAGGACAAGUAUGCUCUGCUGCCAGCUGUGAUCAUCAUUUGUGUUGCUGUAGUGAUGUUCAUCAUUGGACUGAUUGGCUGUUGUGCCACCAUCCGGGAGUCCCGUGUUGGGCUGGGUCUUUUUCUGGUCAUUAUUUUGAUUAUCUUUGUUGCAGAAGUCUCUGCUUUUGUCUUGGGAUUCAUUUACAGAGAAAAGGUCAAAACAGAUGUGCAAAGCACAAUGCGUGCAGUCUUCCAUAAAUAUGAUGGGAAAAGCGCAGAGGCUGAUGUUGUGGAUUACCUGCAAGAACAGUUUCAGUGUUGUGGAGUGAAUAACUACUCUGACUGGACAACCACCCCGUGGUUUAAUAGCACUGGUAAUAACAGCGUUCCUAUGAGCUGCUGUAAACAGGAUAUUAAGAACUGCACAGGACAACUGAGUGAACCACAGGAUCUCAACACUGAGGGCUGUGCACCGAAGGUGGAACUUGGGCUGCAAAGUGUUCUCAGCUAUGCUAUGCUUGUAAUCCUGGGAUUUGCCAUCAUAAAGUUCUUUGGAAUGAUGAGUGUCUGUGUGCUCACGUGCAAGAGGGAGGACAGUGGCUACCAGCCCUUGUAUUCGGGCGUGUUUGCGUGAUAAGAAGACAAAGAUUAUUUUUCAUCUGUUCCUUGAUGAUAAAAAAAGGAUUUGUAUAGGUGUCCCUAAAGAACAUUCAUUGUACGACCCUUUUGUAACAUACUGUAUUUUAUUUACCUGAACAGAAAGAACAUUUGUGUUCAAUUUAGACAGGCUUCUUAAGUGUAUUGUGAAAAAUGAGAGCUUUGAUGCACUGUCCCCAUGGUAAUUUACUCUGAUUUCAUUUACCUCAACUCCCUGUAGGACUCUCUGAGACCUAGAUGAGUGAUAUUCCCUGAAAAACAGCAGAUGGUGUAAUAGAAUCCCAAAAGAAAUCGAUUUCUGCAAUUCUGUCCAUUCGUCAGUCCUAUUCAUAACCUGAAACAUACAUAGGAAAGAGCAUUUUAAAUCAUUAUGCAUUGAUUGAAAAUGCAGGCACAGUAUGGCCUACAUUUUAUCAAUGGGAAUAAUGAAAUAAUCAUUCCCAUGACAAAUGUUUAGGCAGCAAAAGAAAUUUGUGUGGAAGGUCUGGAUAUUACUUCUUAUAAGCAAUUCUGGCAUUUAGAGUACACAUUCCUGCAUAUGGUACACUUCUUUUAUUUCUUCUCCUAUUUUUAGUCAUACUCUCCAACCAGGUGGUUUUUAAAGAUGUCAGAACCAUAUCUUGAGCUCUGAGCAAAAUGAAAAUCCUGUCUUUUGUCCCCAGCAAUGGGCUGAACCAGUCCCUCCAAUGUGAAUAUUCCCAAACACUGGGGAACUCCGGAUUUGAACUGCAGGGCACAGACCAGCCUUCAUUUCUUUUAAUUUGAAAUGAAUACACUUUUAGCAGAUGAGGCAUUUAAUUUUCCCCUGUGUUAAUACAAAGUUGGAAACAAUUAUUUUUUUAUCAAUGUUCUAUAUCUGACUGCUAUUUGAAGUCAUUGGGACCAUUUAAAUUAAUUAGUAAACCUAACCUUGCUGCCCUGAAAACCCUGGGGCAAAUUAAAGUAGUCAUUUAAAGGUGUGGCCUUGUGGAAGUGAUGUUUAGUGUAGGCUUCCCCAGGUGCGUACAGGUUUUGAUCAUUCUUUAUGCCAGCAGAUUACAUGAAUAUAUGGGUUAUCCAGCACUUUUGACAAGUUAUGCUGGCAAAUUUAUGACCCAUUGGCCUGUUUCCCUGAACAGCUGGUGAAUGUAGUCACGUUUUUGGAUUGCAUGCAGUUACAAAAAUAUCUCAACGACUUUAUAUGUCAGCCUUAAAUUUAUUCUUUUUUUUGUCAGGGUCAGGGAAGGGAGACUUGGAUAAUAUAGAACAUUUGAUAAGAAGCUGCAAGAAUUUUUCAGAGAAGUAGGCAUUUGUGAUAUGACAGAGUGCAUAUUUCUAAAGCCGUGUAGUCAAGGACUCCAGGGUGAAUGUGUGAUAUUUGUCUACCUUUUUUUCAAGAGAUGGUAAAAAGAAUUGGUGGUUAAAAAGGGGGCUGUGGGACGCAUACCUCUUCGGAGUGGUUGGGUGGGGUAGGGGGGUGUGUGUGCAUGUGUUGAGAACAACUUAAUUAAAUUGCUCCUUUAUUGAGGGUCUUCUGUUUUACAGCCAGAACAAACCUUUUGGAAUAUAUAUAUAUUUUAACCACUUAAUAAAUGCUGUUGAUUACUA